GGCUUGAAGGAGUACAGGCCUGCCAUUUCUAAGUUGUCUUUUGUAUCUCUGUCCACCCAAGUCUCAGUCAUUCAUAUGAAAAUACAUGUGAUUAACCUGUCUAACUUGUGGAUUCAUUUUCAUGCAAAUUAAACUCAUUUCCAUUUGAAGAGUUUUGUGCAAGGAGUCAUUUUGAAACUUUUUCCUCUUGCCUUCCUAAACUUACAGAGAAGAUUGAUCACUCAAUGUCAAGAUGACGAAUUUUCAAUAUAUUUUGACAGUAUAGUAAAUGGUUACAGUAUCUCCCUGACCCUGGCCCUCUGGUUCCAAAUAAAUUACAACUGAACCUCAUGACCUUGGGGUAGUCGCCUGUGAAAAGGCUCCAGCUUGGGGGGUCUGCAUGACCAUGGCUGGAAGGGCUGAGAAGAAACUGGCCGAGAGUGAAGUGGUCGAGGGGGGAAUGGGGUGGGGGUUGUAUCCUCUUCCUGCUUUCUCUUCGCCCCAUCCUCGACUAGAGAGCCUGUUCACAGGCUAUCAGGGUGGGGAAAGAGGGUCCCUUGUGGCUUGAUAUAUUCUAACUCAUCACUGGCCUAUCAUUACCUUAUGCCGACUGUGAGAAAUUGUCAAAAGAAAAAAGAAAAAUUGUCUACUUGGUAAUUUGAUAUUUGCCCUGUUCGUUGUCAGUACUGGAAGUACAUUACGUUUCCCGUUACAUGAAGUAGAUUGUGUUUUCGUCCCAGUUUUCCCUCGGCCGCCACAAGAGGGACAUCGGGAGAAGAACAUGAGUGGAAGAAAUCUUUGUAUUCGUGCGGUGGAACGGUGCAAAUCUUGCUGGUUUCUUUUUAAUCAGCGUCUCGUCACUCCAGGAAAGGUUCUGAGUUCCAAUUUUAGUACCAGCCAUCAAGAACCUUCCGACAACAUUCACACAACAGAGAAGUAUGGCUAUGGGCAAAGUGGAUUAGAUCAACGUGACAAGGAAGCUGCCGGAUUGUUUUAUCUCAGUACAGUGUAUUUACCUGAACAGCUAGAGAAAAAUCUUCAAAAAUAUCUCAAAAAAUUCCCAAAGAAGGUAGUUGAAAGUGAUGGAAGAAAACUUGCAAGGCACAUUCGAAAUAGAGGACGUCCAACAGAGCAAACAUGGCAGAAAUACAGAGAAUCUAAAAGACAGAGAGAUAUACUGGCAGCAAGCCAAGUUAAUCCUGAUGACGUUUUAAAGUUGGAAAACCAGCGAGCGGAAAGUGUACUUGAUGACAGUGGUGAUGUAAGUGAGGAUGAGGAAUAUGAAGAUGAUGAGCAAGCUGAAUUGACAGAAACAGACAAUGAGCAAGAAAAUGUUGACAGUGUGGGUGUUGAAGAGGAAGAAAAUGAUACAGACAUAAAAACGAAGGAGAGUGAUGAAAACAGCACUCCUACUGGUAAUAAAAAAGCAAAGGUGACACAAAAGCCAAAGGGCACUGAAUAUAAACUAAUAAGAUAUGGUGAAAGAGAAGCUGCUGCUUAUGCAGCAAGUCGCAUUCCAGCUAGUUAUGCUGCGACACUCAGAGUGUUUCAUGAAAUAAGUCGUCGCGAACCAGACUUCAAACCAGAAAAUCUUUUAGAUUUUGGUUCUGGCUCUGGAUCAGCAACAUGGGCGGCCCACGAGAAAUGGGGAGAUUCCAUCAGGGAAUAUCAGUGUGUAGAUGUGUCUCAAGACAUGAAUAAUCUAUCUGAAUAUCUCCUUAGAGGUGGUGAGGGAUUGAAGCAUGCUCUCCAUAUUCCAAGAGUUUAUUUCAAGAGAUUUUUACCAGUUUCCAAUAUGAUCACUUACAAUGUUGUAGUGGCUUCCUAUGCCCUCAGUGAAAUACCAAAAGCAUCCCUCAGACAAAUGGCAGUACGAAGCUUAUGGGGAAAAACAAGUGACUUCUUGGUUAUUAUUGAGCAUGGAAAUUCUGAAGGGUUUGAAAUUACAUCUGAAGCCAGAAACUUGGUGCUGAAGGUAGAAAGAAAAAAGCUUCUUGCACACUCUGUCACUGCAGUUUUCCCCAAAUUUUGUUUUGGUUUUGCCUCUUGUUUACCAAAUGACACACUUCUUGUUUCCCAAAUGACAGCCUUCAUCACUACAACCUCCUUGUUUGUAUUUAAAUAUGACAUUACAUUGUUUGACAUUAAAUAUUCGAAUGUCUUCGUAAUACAGAGAGAGAACGAUGAUUCAGUGGAGACGGAGACUUCAGCAGGUGAAGAGUUCCAAUACAUUGACCCAGCUGAUGAGGAAAUGGAUAAUGGCUUUGUGUUUUCUCCAUGUCCGCACGAUGUGAAGUGUGCAAGGUCAGAUGCCAAGACUAGAGAUCACCCUUGCAACUUUGAACAAAGAGCACAGUUGGCAUUUUGUCAGAAAAACAGCAGAUUAAAGAAGAGGGGAUUUCAUACCGAGAGGUUUUCUUAUAUCGUGNGGGCAUCUAGAUUUCUUUAUUAUUUCCCAGAGAAGCCAUGGCCUCGGGUUCUGGAACCGAUGAAGAAAAGAAGACGACACGUGAUUUGUAAACUUUGCUGUAGCUCGGGUGACUUAAAACAGAAAAUUUUCACUAGGAAGAAAGAUAGUGACAUUUACAAGUGUGCUCGACACUUAACAAAGUGGGGUGAUUUACUGCCAGACCCAGAGCACAGAGAAAGGCCAGUUAAAAGCAGAGUGACUCGCCCGGCAAAAUCUGCUAGUCCCUAGCUGUGCAAUGAAGGAUGUUAAAGAAGUCUGUCAAGGAAGGCUAAAUACAGUUGUGAACGAAGUGUGGAAAUCGGGGGAAAUUUAUUAAGUUCGAGGAAGGAACAUGUAAAUGUUUAAAUGAAAGUGCGAAAAGUUUAUUCAAAUCUGUGUUUCUUUGUCAGUUAGUCCAAAGUAAAUCACCAAUAAAAUGACGAAUGUGCGAUCGA